CAGCCUCACUGUAAAGAAGUUCGUCCUCAUGUUGAGGCGAAACAUCGUGUGUUUUUAGAUUACGGCCACUGCUCCUCGUCCUGUCAUUGGGCACCACCAAAAAGAGCCUGGCACCAUCCUCUACUCACUCGCCUUUGAGAUACUUAUAUGCAUUAAUGAUCCUGCGAUUCUGUGAGGGGCGGGCUGAGGGGAGCUGCUGAGGAGAGAGUUGAAGCGAGGGGAGCAGCUGAGAUGAGCAGCACUGUGGCCAGCCCAAUGUCAACAGUUGUCUCUUCGAGCAGUGGAAGAAAAUCGACCAGCUUUACUCCUGAAUUGCAGAGUAUGAUGUUUUCCCUGGGAGAUGCUCGAAGGCCACUCCAUGAAACUGCAGUACUGGUGGAAGACAUUGUCCACACUCAGCUGAUAAAUUUGUUGCAGCAAGCAGCUGAAGUUUCUCAGAUGAGAGGAGCUCGAGUCAUCUCUGCUGAAGAUCUUCUGUUCUUAAUGCGCAAAGAUAAGAAGAAGCUUAGAAGGCUACUUAAAUACAUGUUUUUUCGAGACUACAAAUCUAAAAUUGUCAAAGGAAUAGAAGAAGAUGACCUCCUCGAAGACAAAUUCAACAGUAAUAACACCAACAAAAGGCAGAAGCUUGCUCAAGACUUUCUCAACUCCAUUGACCAGACUGGAGAGCUCUUAGCCAUUUUUGAAGAUGAUGAGAUUGAUGAUGUCAAGCAAGAGCGAAUGGAGAGAGCAGAAAGACAAACACGAGCCAUGGAUUCAGUCCAGUACGCAGAAUUCUGUGAAAGUCGGCAAUUGAGUUUUUCAAAGAAAGCAUCCAAAUUUCGUGACUGGUUGGACUGUAGCAGUAUGGAAAUAAAGCCAAAUGCAGUUGCAAUGGAGAUUUUGGCAUAUUUAGCAUACGAGACUGUGGCCCAGCUGGUGGACUUGGCCCUUUUGGUUAAACAGGACAUGGCUCCCAAAGCUGGUGACCCAUUCAGUCAUGCCAUAUCUGCCACCUUCAUACAGUACCACAAUUCUACUGAGCCACAUCUCUUAGGGCAAUCUACCAGUGUGAAGACCAGUCUUGACUCUCCUGAAAACACACCACCUCCUACACCCACCCCCCCAGCAUCAGCAGGACAGCAGCACCUUGGGAAAACCUCAUCAGGAGCCUUGGGGAAUGGUGGAAUUGGACAGGACUCUACCAAAUCCAAACAAAGGAAAAGAAAAAAGAGCACUGCAGCCUGUGGUAUGGAGGCUCAAAGUGAUGCCAUCCAGCCCAGCCACAUCAGAGAGGCCAUUCGACGCUACGGCCACAAGAUUGGCCCCCUUUCCCCAUUCACAAGUGCCUACCGCAGGAGUGGGAUGACUUUUCUCGCCUGCUGAUGUGGAUGUGGCUGCAGCAACAGGAAAGACAGUGUUAUAUUAAGGUGAUUUUCUUUUCCCCUCCAUGGAAGGAAAAAAAAUACAAGCUCCAAUGUCUCCAUGUACCAGUGAGUGGGCUGGUUUGUUGUGACUAUCUGCUGGCUGUCUCUGUCUCUCUUUCCAGCCCCCUCAGUCGUUAUUCUUGUUUACUAGCUGGAACAUUUAGCUAAUUAAUGGCAGGAUGUUUGGGAUAGGGUGUAGGUGGACAAGAAUGCAGCUCAGACAAUGCUGGAGUUUGCAGGGGACUUGCUGCUGUCAGCCUCUUUCUGACUGCCAUGUCAUUUUUAUUUAAGUGUUUGGAAGUCUGUGUGUUCUCCAAAAGAUGUUUUUUUCUAAAGCAGGAUGGGGCAGGAAGAGGCCAGAGAUAGACUGGGUUGUGUUGGUUUAUAUAGGUUAUAUUAAGGUUACAUAGUUUUCCUCGUGAUUUUUACAAAAAUAAAAAUUAUUUCCUUCUAUUUUCCACUAAGUCGUUUCUCUCAUUGAUUUAAGUGUUCAGACAGUAUAACCCAGUUUAAUCCAGUGAGGGGAUUUUGAUGACAGUAAUAGCAAGUUUGGACCCAAAGAUAUUCGGAAAAAAGUUCAAGUAAACUGAACUUAACCAGUGAGAGACUUGACUUCUUGCAGACCCAAGGAUAGGCUGAGUGGUCACCCCCAGAUUCUCAAUGUUGGCAUCUCCUAAGGCUCGAGUUAUUACUCUCUGAAAUCUAAAAAGGCCUUUGCAGUGAUGUGGCACUGGAUUGGGCCCCUAUUCAGAAAAAUACAUCCUAAAAUAUUUAAAUAACUGUCUGUCUCAGUGGUUGUAGGCAAAGGCUUAACAUUAUGUACUUGCUCAGCGUUUGCUGCAGGAAGCAGAUGUUGUCCCUGUUGUUGACAAAGGCAGCAUUACUGUUGGAUUUGGUUAAAGAAGAAACCAAGCUCUUUUUGCCUUUUUUUUUUUAAACAUAUUUUAGGUAACGUUGUUUGUUUUCAAGAUUUGUUUUUUAAAUCUCAGUCCCUCCCUCUAUGCUUCUUCCCGUCCCCUGCUCCUCCAGCCUUUGCUGGCCUCACAAACACAUUCAUUUCUUCCCAUAAAACUGUACAAAUAUAGAGCUGACCACGAUGAUGCUUGACCAGAGAAAAGCGCUCAUGCUUCAACUCAUCACCAGGAUCUACAGGCACGUCCUGCUGGUUUCCCUGUGCUACCCAUGGGCCAGGGUCUGCUUCAGCCAGGCUUGGAAUCCAGCUUAAACCUCAAAUUAAUACAGAACACUCAAGGGAUCAACAGGAGAUCAGCAAAAUAUUAGUUUUAUAUAGUGGAGCCGUCCUCCUCCUUUGUGCUUAGUGUGUGAGGUCUUAAUUUUUACUCCUGCUCUACUCUCUUGUGGUCAUUCGUAGGUGGUUCUGUUGUCCUUCUCUCCUGGACCUGCUCGCAAAAACUUUAAAUAUAUGUAUAUUUUUUAAAUAAACAGCAAAAUGUCUCUUUGCAACCAAAAUAUUGUAAAAGUGAACUUUGUGCAUCGAAUAUUACUGACGUUCAUAAAUUGCUUUUUCUUUUGCCUACUUUUUGCUUCUGUUUUCUGGAAAUUAUCUGUGUGUAAAGGACUGAAAGUAACGUGUACAACACUGUGUAUUAAACGAGGGGAGGGGGAAGUUUUCUGAUGUUCCAUCUGUGCUUCUUGAAAUGUAUGAUUAAACUUUUCUUUUUAUCAUCACUCUU